AUGUUCUUUGCCAUUUUCAUUCUUUUCCAUCAACCAGUAGAUUGUGGUGGUGUAAAUAUCGUUCAAUGCUCGAAUGGAGCUGAAGCACCACGUCCAUCUCUGCCAGCUGAUUAUUGCCGGGACUUGGAUAGUGCCGCUUGUAGUGUCAUAUUCCCGUGGACUCAAGAAAUUAUCGACAGCAUGCUAAAUCCCGAAGCGGCUUAUCAAAUACCAGAAGCUUGUGAGCAACCAUCUUAUGCAGCCCUUAGUAUAAGGCAAUGUCCACGUUCAUGCACCAAAUGUUGUUUGACAAAACAGUUCAAUUGUUCUAAUGGUCAGUUAUUCAUAAAAACUCAAAAGGAAUUCCAUUUAUAA